AUGGUACGUAUUAAGCAACAAAUGCUUUCCAAUGAAAAAAUAUACCUUUCAAUCUCUUCAUUUCGUGAUUUUCAACAAUUUCAAAAUAUGAUCUCCACCGACCUUCCACUUGACUCUUCAAACAAGUACGACCUCUCCGCGCUCGAACAAGUCUUUUUACAAGGAGGUCUAAUCACCGAGUCAAGUCUCUUAAAACUCAUAGAAGAAGCGUCGACCUAUUUACGACUCGAGAAAAACGUCGUUGAGAUCACUACAGACGCCCUUGUCUUUGGAGACUUCCAUGGACAAUACUUGGACUUACUUACACAAGUCGACGACGACUAUUGGAAGACGGAUCGACCAGAACACACGUUGGUGUUCUUAGGAGAUUAUGUUGAUCGAGGGCAAAUGUCAUGUGAAGUGUUGAUCACGUUACUCUGUAUGAAAGUGAAUGACCCAAAGAGGGUUGUGUUAUUGCGAGGGAACCAUGAGAGUCGAACAAUGACACAAGCGAUGGGCUUCAUGACUGAAUGUAAAACAAAAUACUCGUUGACACUCUAUUUCACCUUCUGCGACUUGUUCGACACAUUCCCACUCGCCGCUCUUGUCACUCGGAAGAUCGGCAAAUUCUUCCUGUGUCAUGGAGGAAUUUCCCCUAAAAUGGCGAAGAUAGAGGACAUCAAUAACAUUUUCAGGUUCCAGGAACCGCCGAAUGAAGGACUCUUUUGUGACAUCUUAUGGGCAGACCCCGUCACUGAUAAGUUCUUGGACGAGAAACCAAAGUUCAAACAACACUUCGAUAAGAUCACCUUCCUCGAGAAUAAAGAACGGAACUGUUCCUACUUGUUUGGAUAUCAGGCAAUUGACGAGUUUUUGGCUUCGAAUAACUGUAUUGCGCUGAUAAGAGGCCACCAAUGUGCACCCGAGGGAGUUGAGAUGCAGUUCUUUGGGAACGACGACUUGGAGUUUCCGUUGUGUUUCACAGUGUUUGGAGCGACGAAAUAUUCACUGAAUAAUGAGGGGGGUGUGAUGCUUUUGGGGAACGAAGAUAUCGAUAUCAGUAAGUACCCGACAAGUAAUGAAGAUUUGAUCUUCCAACCGGUCCUUGGGAAUAUCCUGUGGUACUCUACGGGCAAGUUAAUGGAGUUUUUAGAAGACGGACUGAAGCGGUUGAUAUACUCUGCGUUCACGACGGUGCAGGAGGACAUCGACACGCCUUUUAAUACACCAUCGAAGCGCGAGGAUAAGCAGAAGGGGACUCCAAAAGUGUCAAAACUUGCUGAGAUGACAUUUGAAGAGCCCAGUUUGGGCUUUGGAAACGAGAAAAAGAUCGAGAAACGCAUUCGUGAAGAAUCAAUACCAAUUAGCUUGGACGAGUUAAGAAAGAAAUUCCUUGAACUUAAGAAACAGUGA